GACAGAUUCAUCUGUGCCAUGCAGCUCUGAGCUUCAAAUCAGUCAUAAAAAAUUCUUGCAGAUGAGGAUGGCUACUGGGUAAUUUUAAAACAUGCAGGAUUUACACAUUAUUGCUUGAAGAAUAAUUACUUAAGUUCAUAAUGGAGACAAGAAUAUUACUAUUGGAAAACUCAACACUCUUGGACCAAGAAAGUAUAGGGAAGAGCAACACUCUUUAUGAUUCUUAUUCUUCUUCUUAUUAUUAUUAUAAUGAUAAUGAUAAUUAUUCAUCGGACAAUUAUUCAGACUUUGUUCAGUUGUGUGAGAAUGAUUAUGUUAAUUCAUUUGGAUCAAUAUUUACACAAGUCUGGUACAGCCUUAUCUUUAUUUUCAGCCUAAUUGGAAAUAUUUUAGUUUUGUGGAUCCUGAUGAAAUACGAGAAGCUAAGAAGUUUAACAGACAUCUUUAUUUUGAACUUAGUCACCUCUGAUCUGCUUUUUACCUGCUCACUUCCAUUCUGGGCUGUGGAUCAUGAACAUGGAUGGAUUUUUGGCAGUGCCAUGUGCAAGAUAAUGUCCGCGAUAUUCUUUGUCGGCUACUACAGUGGGAUCCUGCUCUUGACGUUGAUGACUGUGGACCGAUACUUUGCUGUGGUUCAUGCCCUGCCUGCCAUGAGAAUCAGAGGGUUCCGCUAUGGAGUGGUGGCCUGUUCAGUAGUUUGGUGCGUUAGCAUUUUAGCCACAGUCCCUGAAAUGAUCUUUUCUGAAGUCCUCGUUAAUGCGGACCAAGGCUUUCUUUGUAGCAGCUCCUACCCAGAGGGGAGUGAACUAAUUUGGCAACAGUUCGGAUAUUAUCUACAAAAUAUCUUGUUCUUCUUAAUCCCUUUCAUGGUAAUUGUGUUAUCCUAUUACAAAAUAUUCAAUACUGUUGUUAAGUGUAGAGCUAAGAAGAAGCAGAAAACAGUGAAAGUUAUAUUUUGCAUUGUGGUGGUGUUCCUAUUGUGCUGGGCACCUUACAAUAUAGUUAUUUUCCUUUAUUCUUUACAUGACCUACAGGUACCAUCCCUUUCAACCUGCAUUGCAUCGAAUAACUUGUCUUAUGCAUUAUUCAUUUCUCGGAACAUUGCUUAUUUCCACUGUUGUCUAAAUCCUUUCUUUUAUGCUUUUGUGGGUACAAAGUUCAGAGAACGUUUAAACAGGGUAGCAAGUAAAAGGUUCCCCUACUUGAAUGUGUGCAAAGAAACAAACACCUCCAGCACCAAAAUGAACAGCUCUCACAAUUAUUCGGAUUUUGAUCUGCACCUUCAAGAUCGUGUGUAACGGGGAGCUAUAUAUCCUUGCUGAGUCUGUUGUAGGUGAAUGUAAUGUUAGAGGUAGACACUUCAUUAUCUAUCUCUAACAGAUUUAUUCAGGUUGGACACUCUGAAUGGUGGAACCGAGCUGCAUUGUGCCUGCAUUGAUUAGGGAGAUCUCCGAAGCCAGUCCAUUCUCCUUGAUUAAUGGCAGAAGUGGACAUUAACUGCUAUGAUCUAUCCCAUGAUUGAAUACUUGGCUUUGCAAAGGUCUGAAAAUAAUAUGUGUGCGUUUCAAAGGGGGCUUUCGUUUUUCAUCUGAGGAGCUGGCAUCUCAUCAAGUCCUUUUCUGUAUCCUGGACAGUAGGGGAGGCAAGAGGGAGACUGCCCUCUUGCUCAGCUCGCCUUGAGCUCUAACAUGAAGGUUGAUGGUUCGCUCAGAACUACUUCAUCUCACGCCUGCAACCAGAAACACUGUGACUGUGAGGCAGAAUGCACUUUGCUGUUGCAAGAAGCAAUCCCAAGCAUUGCUCUGGCAAGACCAAGCUGACUGCUGAAUCACUCCCCCCACCAUUCAGAAUCUCCCUCCUCCAAGACCAUGCGGCCCUCACAAUGCAGCCUCUUGCUAACAACGGCUGAAUGCUGCCGGACUAUAAUUUCUGAUGCAGAAUGUGAUUUUGAUUAUUAUGAUGUAAAUUUCAAACUGUACACUUGUGUAAAAUACUUCAAUUUAAAGGUAGAGAUUAGAAUUUACUUCACAAAAAGCAUACUCGAAAACAAACUGUUAAAUGUUGCAGUAACCUUUCUAGCUCUGUCACAGUAGUAUCAUCGUUAUAGCCAAUGCAUACUUGAUAAUCAAAAACACACUGACAUUUCUGCUACGUGCUGGUUUUGAAAUAUCUUACUGCUGCCAAUGACUCAGAAAGUAAAAUACCUUAUUUGCGCAAGUUGUUUUCCUAAAGAAAACUGCAGUUGUCAAAGUGAAUUGCACCAACAAAUAUAAAUUCAAUGUUAUACAAUAAUGCUGAAAUAAAGAUUUACAAAAAAAUGCUGAGAAGUACAUUUAUUCAAAGAGUUACAGACAAAAUGCUUGAAAAGAAAUCAGCAUCUGUGGUGGGAAAUGGUUAGCCAACGUUUUGGGUGGGACGCUACAUCUGGACGGAAGGACCAAAGCAGAGAGAGGCUGUCCAAAGGGGUGGAGGGAAAGGGUGGAACAAGAUCUUGCAAGUGAUCUGCAGAUCCAGAUGAGGCAGAGUGAGAAGGGUGGAGUGAAAGCUGGAAACGGCAAAGCGCUACAGAUGAUGGACUUCCACAGGAGAGGAAGGUAGAGCAUGGGUCCAAAUAGGAGAGGUGUAGCGGAUGGGUGUGAACCGUGGGGAGAGCGGAUUUAGUGGUCAAAGGGUGUGAGUCAUGCUCAGAUGGAACCAGUAUCAGAAUCAGAUUUAGUAUCGCCUUAUGAAAUCUUGUGAGUAAGUGGAGCAGGGGGAUGGCCCCUGCAGUAGUUGUAGGAGGGACAAAAUGAGAGAGAGAAAAUGGAGAGAGGAGACUGGGGGAGCAAGGACAAUGGGAGCAGUAAGGAAUCUUCUAGGCUAUGCAGGCAAGUGACUUAUACUGACAGUUGUAUUUGAGGAUUUACAGUAAGUUGGUUACUGUAAUAAGAAGCAAAGUUUAAAGACAAUGCAAAAACAAUGCAAAGAAAUGCAGAGAUUGCAAAAAAUACAGCAGAAGUAUGAAAUCUGAGUAAAAUUCUCAUUGAUUGCAACUUGCAUUCUAUGUCCUGAUUCCAAUCACCUGAUCAGUUCGUAACCCUAGCCAAUGUUCAUUGAAGGCAUUGAUUUACAACUCAAUCAAGUUGCAAGAGGUCAGUCAGGUGAGAAACAUAUCAGACCAUCAGUCUUAUUUCAUUUGGAGAACAGUUAUUGUAACCUGGUAUGAGAGAAAGAGAAAGAGAGAGAGAGUGAGAGACAGAUAGAGUGAG